GAGGAGUAAACGGUGCAGCAGGCGGAACCACAGUGAGGAGGUCGAGACGAGGAGGGAAAUUUAAAAAGGCCGGACUGCCUGCAGCUGACAACACAAACAGACAACUGCAGCAGUCCGCCGGGGACAGAGAAACAAUCCACAACGCACACGCGCUGCCUGGAAACACACACAAAAAAAACACGGUUGGUUUGUUAACGAGUAUGAACGAGCCGCCCUCAGGAUGGAGACUUAUAUCGACCAGAUUUUAGACUCGCCCUCCAAAAACAGUUACAUCGGGAGCUAUUACCAGCCUCCAGACAGGAUAGCACCUGUACCAAGACAGCUGGGGUUCUCCGCCCCCUCGGCCUUCAGCAGGGACCCGCAGAUCCCCAGUCUGCAGGGGUCUCAGACCAACCCUAACAUCGACAGCAGAGCUGUUGUUGAUGCACUGAAGACCCUCCAGGAUAAAAUCAGGCGAUUGGAGUUGGAGAGGAAAGACGCGGAGAAGAGCUACCGGCAGUUCUCCCAUGAUAUUCAAAAGCAGCAGGAGGCUAAAGCACCUUACACAACGCUUAAUCAUGGAGCAGCCAGCCUGCCUGAGACCAAUAACUCUGGCAGGAGAGAGCUGGACUCAAAGCUGCUCUCGGCAGAGGCUCGCUGUAAGAGUCUUGAGAAGCAGCUGGACUACAUGAGGAAGAUGGUGGAAAAGGCUAAGAAGGAGAGGAAAGCUGUCAUAGAGAACCAGGCUUCUCUGCAGAACGAGCAGCCGAGCAGCUCAAACGCCCAAACUCAGCAGGAGAAGCUGGACAAACUCGAAUCAGAGUAUCUCAAAUUGAGUAGAACCCAAAGCGUGGCAGAGAUGAAAUUUGCCAUUCUGGAGCAAAGACUACUGAAAGAAGAGCAGGAGCGUAAACGUGUGCAGGAGAGAGCAGACGAGCUGCAGAGGGAACUAGACAUCAGCCAUCAAUUGUCUGCACCAACUAAUGAGGAGAUUAAGCCAAAGAAAAGGACAAAAAAGACCAUCAAGAAAACCCCUAAACCGAAUGAGCUGUCAUCACCAAGCGGCCUAAUCCUCAGAAAAAUGCCCUUUGUUGCAGGAACAUCAAUUAGCCCAAGCCACUCUGUCCACGCCAACGUACAGAGUAUCCUCCACAUGAUGAAGCACCACCAGCCCCAGCUGUGUGAGCGAGUUACUGCUCUGCACAGGUCCGGCUGUGGAGCCAAGAAAAGCCUCCAGAAGGACUUUUCUCCAUCUCCCACCGGUUUGAAGAAGCCCGACGGCCUCUCUGAGCAAACGGACCAGCCACUCGGCUCGCUGUCAGACCUGCUGCUGGCUCUGCAGGACGAGCUCGGACAGAUGAGCUUUGAGCAUCAGGAUCUGUUGCGUGAGAUCGACCUAACCCAGAAUCGGGAGGAGAGGCAGGAACUGCAGAGCGAACUGGAGAGGCUGGUGGCCAGGAUGGAGGAGAAGGGAGUCCAGAUCACGAAGCUCCGCAAACACCAGCAGACAGUGAGUGAAACACCCAUCAGAGGUUGGAUUUUAAAGAGGGUCGAAGGGGUGCACAAAUUGACCCAGAGUCAGUCACGUGCUGAGGAAUAUGUGGCCAAGAAGUCGCCACCUGCUCCUUUUCUUGUUACAGCUAAACAGAAGGGAAGGAGAGGUGGGGCAGCUCACAGCAACCGGCAGCUUCUCAGAGACACCCAGAAAUUCAGGAACUGCCUCAAACAGGACGACCUCUCCUGGGAAACGUGAGGUUCUCUGCAAGACUGUAGGCUUUGAUCUUCCAGCUGGACGGACACCACCACGCCCCCUUUGGUUCCUUUCGGCUUGUUUUCCUCUCUCCUCAACUGAGCCAUUUUUAGAAACAAAUGAAAAAGAGUAUGAAUAAAGAGUUUUACCCAGGGUAUGAUAAUGUGUUGAUCAUAAAGUCUGCUAAUCAAUAAGCAAUUGAUUCAAACGAAAUCUUGCACAUACAGCGUCCUUCAUAAGUAGAGGUUGUUUAUCAAUUGUGACUUUAACAGACUAAAUGAGGAAUGUUGAAGUAUAUCAUCUCAAAUGAAGCUGAGUUAAUCUAUUUUUAAGGAUUGAAAUUUUUAAUAAAGUUUAUACUUUUACAUGAUGUC